AGUCUGCAGUCCAGCCGCUUUGUGAAAGUUAUACGCGCGCGCAAUGAACGGGGGGCUGUGGUGGUCAAACUCUUCGUCAAACAGGACAACACUGUGUCGUACACUAAGUAUAUACGACGCAUACGAGAUAUCAACUCACGGCUCAAGGGUGUGCACAACGCUCAGGGGUUCGAGCGCGUCAUCGACACUGACCGCCUUGUCGCCGUAGUGCGGCAGUACCACUUCAGUUCACUGUACGACCGUAUCAGCACACGCCCGUUUCUCUCAUACGUUGAGAAGCAAUGGAUCAGUUUCCAGCUACUGGCUGGGUUGGCGGAUGCGCAUGCGCUGGGGGUGUGCCAUGGCGAUAUCAAGACUGAGAAUGUGCUGGUCACCAGUUGGUGUUGGGCGUUGCUGGCGGACUUUGCCUCGUUCAAGCCCACAUUCCUGCCCCAGGACAACCCAGCGGCCUUUGCGUUCUUCUUUGAUACAUCUGGUCGACGCACGUGUUGUGUUGCGCCCGAGCGCUUUUACAAUCCACAAACAGACAAGCAGACGAUUGCCGCAGUGCUGGUCAGUGAGACAGACGAGUUCCGCGAAGGCGAUCUGACGCCUGCGAUGGAUAUCUUCAGUCUGGGAUGUGUCAUCGCAGAGCUCUUCACCGAGUCACACGCGCUGUUCUCUUUUGCGCAAUUGUUGGCAUACCGCAAGGGUGAGUAUGACAUCACCGACACACUCAAUCGCAUCCGCGAUCCCGAAGUUCGGAACCUGGUGGCGCACAUGGUACAACUCGAUCCGACGAAACGCUCAAGUGCGCGCGCAUGCUUGAAGUUAUGGCGCGGCAAAGCCUUCCCUGAACAGUUUUAACCUUCCUACACAAGU